AUGGAUCCAAUACUGAUGGAAUUCACGGAUGUUUGUCGGCAUUUCCUUGGAAGAGGUGGAGAGUAUCUUGCCGUUGUGUUCUCAGUAGUCGUCCUACUUGGAGGCAUCAUGGUCUAUUGGGUUCUCAUGUCGAACUUUCUCUACUACACAGGAACCGUUGUUUACGAAUCAUUGCAAGCAAACAGUUCCACCAUUCCUAUUAUGGAAAACAAGACGUUCACUUGUGACGUGUACUGUCCAUUGGAGAGGUCAUCUUUAAAUUAUCUGGAAGAAGGAAGUAAACAGCUUCUGGAACAGCUGUCUCAACCGUCCUGGGAUUUCGAUAGUCUCUGGCAAUUGCAGGGUACCGUACCGAUUUAUCUGGCCAUUAUAACUUUUCCUUUGAUGAACUUCAAAUCGCCGACAUUCUUUACGAAAUUCAAUGUGUUGGGAACUUUAUCGGUAUUCUAUCUGCUAACAUUUACUGGUUCAAAACUGCUUGAGUGCGGUUUGAAUAUGAACUUCGAUGACCCAAAUUCGAUUCAUUACGCUAAAGCAUUUAGCUGGCGAUUUCCCGCUUUGACUGGUACUUUAACAUUAUCGUACUUCAUUCAUAAUGCGGUGCUUACCAUCCUUCGGAAUCAAAAGAAUCCCGAAAACAAUGCUCGUGAUCUCUCAAUCGGUUACCUGUUAGCUGCACUGUGCUACAUGUUUAUUGGUUUCACAUUUUAUGCUGGCUUCCCAGUGCAGAGAUCCUGUAUCAGUGACGUAAGUUAUUAUUUCUUAUUAAACGUCCUAGGACCUUAUCCACCUAAUGUGUUUAUUUUUGUAAUUUUGUACUGA